AUGGACUCUCUCUACAACGCCACCGAUUUUAACGCCACAAACGGGACAAACGUCUCCGCCAACUCCAGCGACGACUUUAACCAGUUCAUCCAGCCGGUGUGGCAGAUCACACUGUGGGCUGUGGCUUAUUGCAGCAUCGUUGCGGUGUCUGUGGUAGGUAACAUGAUUGUUAUCUGGAUUAUUCUGGCGCAUAAACGCAUGAGGACCGUCACCAACUACUUUCUAGUGAAUCUGGCCUUCGCUGAAGCCGCCAUGUCAGCAUUCAACACAGUGAUCAACUUUGCCUACGCCGUUCACAACGAGUGGUACUUUGGUUUGGUGUACUGCCGCUUCCACAACUUCUUCCCCAUCGCCGCCAUAUUCGCCAGCAUAUACUCCAUGGCGGCCAUAGCGCUCGACAGAUACAUGGCUAUCAUCCAUCCCCUGCAGCAGAGGCUGUCCUCUACAGAGACCCGUGUAGUGAUUGGCGUGAUCUGGAUGCUGGCUCUGCUUUUAACCUUCCCUCAGUACUACUACUCGUCUACCACCGUGCUGCCUGGACGCACCGUCUGCUACAUAGACUGGCCUGAAUACACCACUGUGGACUUCAAGAAGAUAUACUAUGUGUGUGUGACACUACUGAUCUACUUCUUGCCCCUUGGUGUCAUGGGAUGGGCGUACACGGCCGUGGGCAUCACCCUCUGGGCCAGCCAAAUUCCCGGAGACUCGUCUGAACACUACAAAGAGCAGCUUAUUGCCAAACGCAAGGUGGUGAAGAUGAUGAUCGUGGUGGUGUGUACGUUUGCUUUGUGCUGGCUGCCCUAUCAUAUCUACUUCUUACUGCACCAGUUCUUCCCCGAAUUGUUCGAGCAGCGCUACAUCCAACAGGUGUACCUCACUAUCAUGUGGAUGGCAAUGAGCUCCACCAUGUACAACCCAAUCAUCUACUACUGCCUCAACAUCAGGUUCAGAGCAGGUUUCCAGCAGGUGUUUUGCUGCUGCGCUCCCACCGCCGCCAAAGAGGAGCUCGAGCUCAAAUCACCCCGCUACCUGCAAACACAGGUGAGCUUAUAUCGAGCCAGUCGGAUGGAGACCGUCGUUUCCACCGCCGUCCACCCAGCGGAGAAAAAAAGUGCCGAGCUGCCGUCCUGCGACUCUCACGGCCGGCCUCACGCAGAAGUCAUGUCCAACGGCUCGGGCUCAGAGACAUUCACGAGGGGUCCGAGCAACCCUUCACAUUAG